CGGGUGGGAGGGACCGUGAGGUCGAGUCGUCAGGAGCUUUAAUUGUUUACUUCGGGGAGUAUUAGAUGUCAGGGAGGACCUCACCUGUGAGGUGUGGCCACUUCCUGAACUGAGAGUGUGACAGUUCAUGGACUUAAAAAAGUAUUUUAGAAAUAUAUAGACAUCGGCUUGGAGUAGAAGUAUUUAAUCAAGGCUUUGAUUGAAAAAACGAGUCAUUUUAAAACACGGAUGUGUCUGCCAACUCUGAAGGAACGGAUGUUGAUGUACUAGAGAAGCUUUAACGUCUCAAGUGGCUCUUCAGGACAGAGAGAAAUCCUGAAUUCUUAAGCCAGCUUGGAAUCGAAAAAAAAAAAUCAUGAGCACAGAGGUAGACUUCCGGGAUCCUGAAAAUGUAGAAGAGGAGGAAGAAGAAGAGGAGGAGGAGGAAGGAGGAGAUGGAACAGGAGAUGAGGAGGGGGGUUCUAAAGCUUGCUCUUGGUGUCACCGGCUGCAUUUGUCUGUGUCUAAAUGGAUGCUUCCACCACAUGCAAGAGACAGAUAUUUAGAGAGAGCCAACUGCCUGCCACCGCCUAUAUUCAUUAUCCUGGUUAGCAUUGCAGAGAUCUCUGUUUUUAUAUACUAUGCUGUUUGGAAGCCUCAGAAACAAUGGAUUACCCUGGGUGAUGGGGUGUGGAAUAGUCCUUUCAUCUAUCGUCCUGACAAAAGGGAGGAGGCCUGGAGGUUUAUAUCAUACAUGCUGGUUCAUGCUGGCAUACAGCACAUUGUGGGUAACAUGUUUAUGCAGCUCCUGCUUGGCAUUCCUCUAGAACUGGUGCACAAAGGUCUUCGUGUUGGACUGGUCUAUCUUUCAGGAGUCAUUGCAGGUUCAUUGGCCAGCUCCAUUUUUGACCCAACGUUGGGUCUUGUAGGUGCUUCUGGAGGAGUCUAUGCUCUGAUGGGUGGCUACUUCAUGAAUGCUGUUGUGAACUUUAAAGAGAUGAUUCCAUUGUUUGGGAUAUUCCGAAUAAUAUUUAUUGUCCUUGUAGUUUCAAUUGACGUGGGGUUUGCUUUAUGGAGAAGAUUUUGGGCACCAACAUCAGGGCAUUCAGUCUCCUUUGUGGCACAUAUUGGAGGAGGCCUGGCAGGGAUCACCAUUGGAUACACGGUUUUCAGCAGCUAUAGUGCCAGCCUCAUUAAGGACCCCCGAUUCUGGGUUUGCAUUCUAGCCUAUUUGGCUUGUGUCGUGUUUGCUGUACUCUUUAAUAUCUUCCUAUCACCAGCUCAAUAAAUGGAUUCAAAUGAGAAUAAUUUAGUAGUUGUGCCAAACUGAAAAUCAGACAUUUUCUUCUGUCUCUGAUGUCAGGAGCCACAAGGACCAGAAGGAUUGUUUACACUUAAAUAUGCUGCAUAGGACAUACGGUGAAGACCAUGGGGUGCUCAGGGUCAAGCAUCCAUUGGCUAUUUCCUAAAGAAUACAUCAAAAAAUUAAAUAUACCAAAAAAUUAUAAUUGUUGUACAACUGCCUUCUUUUAAUGACAUGUUUUGGUUUGCACAAUGUGUCUUAACUGACUUGAACAUUGUUACUGUACUGUAUUUUUUUGCUGAAUAUCAUUAUUGUUCAGUCUCUUAUUAACACAAUUAAAAACAUUAAAAGCUACAUCUGAACAGGGCUCGACUUGGCAGCUCCAGUAGUUCCAAUGAUAUGCCAAAUUGGGGACUGGAAGAGAGAGCCCACAAACUGGUAAUCUUGAUAUGUACUCUCAAUUUAUUGAUAAGGAUUUGUUGUUGUUAUUCCACUUGAAUAGACUUUUUAUUUGUUUUAAAUGGUUACAGCUUAUUUGUUAUACCAGCGUGAACCAUGAGGUACUACAUUUUCUCUUCUGGUAUUCAGUAUUUGAUAUUAUUUAAUAUUCUGAGUGUUCUAUGGUAAUACAUGGCUUAUAUAAGUCAGUAGAACAUAAAAGUAAAGCGACAAUCAUAAAUUGCAGCCACGCAUGUAGCUGAAGCUAUACACAUAAGUGAGUGGCUGUCUUUUAUCUGUUCUAUUGUUUUCCUACAAAAUAUUAAUACUGUUUAAUAAUUGGACAUUAAAUGUGUUUUACCCUGUUACAGCGGUUUCUUCAUAUAUAUAUAUAUAUUUUUUUUUUUUGGACAUUAAAUCCUAAAACAUUGUUGGCAUUAUAUAGGUGACGUUAUAUGUUUAAAUAAUACAAAUAAGUACCUGACCCAUUCAUCCUAUCUGUAAUGGUAGGUCACUAAAGCAGGCUAUCUUCAAUUUCAUGUCGAGACUUUGUUGUUUUACUGAACAGCUCUUGUGUGUCUCUUGCUGUUUUUCAGUAUGUGUAUUUAUACAAGUUGUAUUGCCAUUUAUGUUGAGUCAUGUUGCCCAGCAUCCAAUAUUAAACACCCUUAAACACUCUUCAGUACCCCCACAUUACAUAUUGUGUAGUCCUGUAUGGACAUCCAGGCCCAGCAUUUCGAUUUCAGACACUUAAAUACACAAUAAAUGUGUUUGGUUUAAUUAAUGUUUUGUCAGUGUACUGUUUUAGUUUUCUUUAACUUGAAAAAAUGAUUUAAUGGAGGAAUUAUCUGUAAAAUGUCCACGUAAGUGUAUCAGGUAGUUCAAUGAUAUUUCAAAUGAAUUACUCUAACCAGAGUGUAAGUUAUUUCAUGAAUGGAACUUAUUUGCGUAACUCUGACUUAAUUUAACCAAGAGAUUUGAACAUAGGGCGGCACGGUG